UGCAAACCAGCUCCCCGCGUCUCUGGGUAGGUUGUUCCGCUAGCUGCAGAACGCAGAUUUCGGCUGGACGCGACGGUGCUUGGAGCUGUGCUGCUUUUCUGAGAGCUUCGGGUUCUCCGACCUGGCUUUCACUCGUUUCUGUGUCUAGAGCAAGACCGACUUUCAAUUUGCAACAAGUACUCCGUAGAGUAAAUGGGGUCAUUAUCUGAUUUGCAGAUGAAGAAACUAGGCACAGGUGUUUGUCCAUGUGUGUACCAGAAUCAGUGCUGCAUAGUUUGAGCCUGAUAGGAUCGACUUUACAAAUAAGACCUCUAAGUCACAUCUGCCAAGAAGUAUGAUUUGAAUGAAACUUUAACUUACAUGAGUUUUCAGAUAUUUUUAACCAGAGUUAUCAGCUGUCUGUAGUUAUUCAUAACCUGAGGGGUUCAUGACCCCAAUGGCAGAGGAAAAGAACUGCAGAUUUUAGAUACUCUGAGAACCCACUACUGUGUAAGCAUUCCUAGGAAAUCAUUCAUGUGCUGGCAGUCCCAAAGGGAGCAUAAACCAAGGACUUUGAUAUCAUGCGGCAGAAGAGCAAAUUAUUUUUCCAAGCUUUGAAAUAUAGUAUUCCUCACCUUGGGAAAUGCAUGCAGAAACAGCACUUGAAUCACUGUAACUUCGCGAAUCAUUAUUACAAUAAAAUAAAAUUGAAAAAAUAUCACCUAACCAAGUGUCUGCAGAAUAAACCCAGGAUAUCAGAGUUAGCAAGAAACAUCCCAAGUCGGAGCUUCUCAUGUAAGGAUUUUCUGCCUAUUAAACAAGAAGACGAAAAACCUCUUUCAGAAAACAUGGAUGCAUUUGAAAAAGUGAGAGCAAAAUUAGAAACACAGCCACAAGAAGAAUACGAAAUCAUCAAUGCAGAGAUUAAACAUGGUGGUUUUGUUUACUAUCAAGAGGGUUGCUGCUUGGUUCGUUCCAAAGAUGAAGAAGCAGACAACGAUAAUUAUGAAGUUUUGUUCAAUUUGGAAGAACUUAAAUUAGAGCAACCAUUCAUUGAUUGUAUCAGAGUUGCUCCUGAUGAAAAAUAUGUAGCUGCCAAAAUAAGAACGGAAGAUUCUGAGGCAUCUACCUGUGUAGUUGUGAAGCUCAGUGAUCAGCCUGUAAUGGAAGCUUCUUUCCCAAAUGUGUCCAGUUUUGAAUGGGUAAAGGAUGAAGAAGACGAAGAUGUUUUGUUUUACACCUUCCAGAGGAACCUUCGUUGUCAUGAUGUAUAUCGAGCCACUUUUGGUGAUAACAAACGUAAUGAACGUUUUUACACAGAAAAAGAUCCAAGCUUUUUUGUUUUCCUUUAUCUUACAAAAGACAGUCGUUUUCUCACCAUGAAUAUUAUGAACAAGACCACUUCUGAGGUGUGGUUGAUAGAUGGCCUGAGUCCUUGGGACCCUCCAGUACUUAUCCAGAAGCGAAUACAUGGGGUCCUGUACUAUGUAGAACAUAGAGAUGAUGAAUUAUACAUUCUCACCAAUGUUGGCGAGCCUACAGAAUUCAAGCUAAUGAGAACGGCAGCUGAUACCCCUGCUAUUAUGAAUUGGGAUUUAUUUUUCACAAUGAAGAGAAAUACCAAAGUUGUAGACUUGGACAUGUUUAAGGAUCACUGUGUUCUGUUUUUGAAGCACAGCAAUCUACUUUAUGUUAAUGUCAUUGGUUUGGCUGACGAUUCAGUUCGGUCUCUAAAGCUCCCUCCUUGGGCCUGUGGAUUCAUAAUGGAUACAAAUUCAGACCCAAAGAACUGCCCCUUUCAGCUUUGCUCUCCAAUACGUCCCCCCAAAUAUUACACAUACAAGUUUGCAGAAGGCAAGCUGUAUGAAGAAACGGGGCAUGAAGACCCGAUCACAAAGGCUAGUCGUGUUUUACGUAUAGAAGCCAAAAGCAAGGAUGGAAGAUUAGUGCCAAUGACGAUCUUCCAUAAAACGGAUUCUGAGGACUUGCAGAAGAAACCUCUCCUGGUACAUGUAUAUGGAGCUUAUGGAAUGGAUUUGAAAAUGAAUUUCAGGCCUGAAAGGCGGGUGUUGGUGGAUGAUGGAUGGAUAUUAGCAUAUUGUCAUGUUCGGGGUGGUGGUGAGUUAGGCCUCCAGUGGCAUGCUGAUGGCCGUCUAACUAAAAAACUCAAUGGCCUUGCUGACUUAGAGGCUUGCAUUGAGACGCUUCAUGGCCAAGGCUUUUCUCAGCCAAGUCUAACAACCCUGACUGCUUUCAGUGCUGGAGGGGUGCUUGUGGGAGCAUUGUGUAAUUCUAAUCCAGAGUUGCUGAGAGCAGUGACUUUAGAGGCACCUUUCUUGGAUGUUCUCAACACCAUGAUGGACACUACACUUCCUCUGACAUUAGAAGAAUUAGAAGAAUGGGGGAAUCCUUCAUCUGAUGAAAAACAUAAGAACUACAUAAAAAGUUACUGUCCCUAUCAAAAUAUUAAACCCCAGCAUUAUCCUUCAAUUCACAUCACAGCUUAUGAAAAUGAUGAGCGUGUACCUCUGAAAGGAAUUGUAAACUAUACUGAGAAACUCAAGGAAGCUGUUGCAGAGCAUGCUAAGGACACUGGGGAAGGCUAUCAAGCCCCCAAUAUUAUUUUAGAUAUUCAGCCUGGAGGCAAUCAUGUGAUUGAGGAUUCUCACAAAAAGAUUACAGCCCAAAUUAAAUUCCUAUAUGAGGAACUUGGACUUGACAGCACCAGUGUUUUCGAAAAUCUCAAGAAAUAUCUAAAAUUCUGAAGUGCUGCAAUCAGUGGGAAAUGGAAACACUGAAAUAUUUCAGUCAUAUUUCCAGUUGCGUUAACAAGAGUGAGUUUUUCAAGUUAGUAAAUAAUUUUUAAAAAUGUACUUCUCCAUCUAAAUAUUGUUUUGUAUUCAGCUCAUUUGCUUAUACUGUUGUCUCCAUUGAUGCACAUGCCCCUUAACCUAGGAAAGUAGCUUUCAAAUUAUGCUCCAUAGAAGGACAUAGAGAAGGGAAUGAAGGAAGGAUUGGUGGCAACAGAACUUUACCUUUCCUCCAUCAGAAAAGCUUUGUUUCAGUAUGAUUUCCUUUGAACAGUUGACAAAGCAAGGUCCUGCCUCUUUGCUAGUGAACAGUUUGAGAUACUCUGCCAGUAAGUCACAAUCCAAUUUCUAUACCUGCAUUUUAUCAAAGAUAACAUUCCUCACACUAAAAUUCAUUAGACCUAAUGAUCUGGAGUCCUGAGGUGUUCUGAUCAUCUCAUAUUGAUGCUCUCCCAAAGUGUAGAACUUCUUGCAAGUGAUCAUUGUCUUUUAAACAUUUUAUUAUUCUGGAAACACAUUUGAGAACCAUUCCUAAAUCAUUACAUUCAGGCUACAGAAAUAUCUGAGAAUUAAUGAAUGUUCAUGAAGUUCACCCAGCAGCAGCAUCUGAGGUUACCGCAAAUGCUUAGAGUGGAACAGAGUGCCAGCCUCUCCAUCUCUUUCAUAAAGCUGCCUAACACAAGCUGUACAGUAUGUUGAAUACACUGGAAUAGCAUGCCCGGUUGGAAAUGAAACAUCUGUCUCUGAAAGCUGCUUGCUGAUGAAGGAGAUUCUUGGUGUUAUAUUCAAGGAUGAGUCCUUCUCCUCUGUCCACUGAAAUGGCGUGUGUAUCAACUUCACGGCCUGUAUAGACAGAAUUGGUACUUAACCUGAUCCUCACUCUCGUGGGAAUAUUUGAAAUCAUUUCCUUUAGAUUUAGCAGUGAUGAUUCUCCAAAAUUCAGAACCAUGAGCAAGACUCUGUCUAUGCCGUUGAGCUCUCUCGUGUACACAACAGAGUAGUUGUCAUUCCUCAAAUAGCAAAACCAGCCUCUGCUGAGGAGCAGUUCAUUGGCGUGAAGCAAACUUAAUUGUUGAUAUAACUUCAACGCUGAUCUGGGCUGGGUCUUUUGGACCUAUUUAAAAAAAAAAAAAAAGGUAUUAACAUAAAUGAUUAAUUAUAAGAGUUUUUCAAAUAUUUAUACUAUCAAGUAAGGAAUUUUCUUCCCCAGAAAAGUUGCUUCACUUCGCCCCUUAAAAUAAUUACCAAAUUGUGUAUUAAGUAGGUAAGAAUAGUUUAUUUAACUACUUCUCUGGGAGUUGUUGCAAUGUGCACAGUUUUCCACUACAUUUUGGCCAGAGCUGAUGUAAAGGCCAAAUUUGACUCCACUUUAGGCAUCUCAAAACAAAUGUCCGUGUCUAAGUUAAUGGAUAUUUAACUUGCCUAAAUAAAGUCCCUUUAUACUAUAUUUAACUGGCAGAAAAGCAGCCCGAUCCCUGGCCUUGCUUGGGUUAAGGAUCCGGCAUUGCAGUGAGCUGUGGUGUAGGUUUCAGAUGUGGCCCGGAUCCGGCGUUGUUGUGGCUGUGGUGUAGGCUGGCAGCUACAGCUCCAAUUCCACCCGUCGCCUGGGAACUUCCAUAUGCCACACCUGCCACCCUAAAAAAAGAAAUUGACCUCUGUUUUUGACCACAAAAGUAAUAUAUGUCCAUUAAAGAAGACCGGAGUUUAUUUUACAGGUAUCUAAAACAUACAUAAUUUAAUGUUGUAUUUUUCUUGCUGUUUUCCCUUUAACAUUUCAAGCAUUUUUUAUUAUAGUAAAUGUCAUUUUAAUGACAGAAUAGUAUUUGGUUGAAUGGUUAUUCCAUACUUAACCAUUUCGUUUCAACAUUCAGGUUCCUAAUAUGCUUUCUCCAUAUUUGGAUUAUUUAUUCAAGGUACAAAUACCAGACAAUUACUGUGUCAAAGAGUAUGGAUACUUGAGUCAUAAUGCCAAAUUUGUCUUCUAAAAGCUAUUGCCAAAUCAGUGAGAAUGUUCAUUUCAUUGUACUCUUGCCAGCCAUGUUAACUUCAGUGAUAGUGGUUGUUGUUUGGGGGCAGGUGCCUAAUUUGUGGUGUUUAAUGAACAUCUAAUGAAUAUCUGCAAAAAUGUUUAUUCUCUGUUCAUCAGGAACAAAGGUAUUCGUAGUACAUAUAUACUGUAUAUGUAUAUGACUCUUCACAUAUAUAUUACUAUUCACAUUUUCUAUAGCCUUAGAUAAUGCAUGAAAAAGCAUAGUUCAGUGCCACCCAUAUAAGAAGUACCCAGUAGGUGUUAACUUAUUUUUGUCUACUUGAUUUACCACUUUCUAGAAGUAUGUUGAAGUGUCUCUGUAAUUGUAGAUUUAUCAGUUUCUCUUUGCAUUUCUCAGAAUACUUGUUUUAUAAAUUUUGAAGCUAUUGUUAGAUGCAUAGAUUCAUGAUUUGUAGUGGAGUGCUCCUUUACCAGUUUUUGAAAAUUGCCUUUGUCUCAUAAUGCUUUUCAUAUUGAAUUCUAUUUUGUCUGCUAUUAAAUAUUUCCACACCUGCUUUUUGUAACUUUAUUUUUUUAAAUAGAAAAUGCAUGCAAUACAGUAUAAAAUUCAAUUGUAAGAAUAUAUAAAUAAAAUUAUUUCCUUCAAAACCA